GCUUACGUAUGCGUGUGCGUGUGCGUGUCAUGCGUCUCAAGAGCUGCUGGCCAAGGAUACCAGCUUUGCGUGCUUAGAGCCAGUCGGCCCAUCCUUCCAUUGUGCGUUUCCAUGUUUGCUGGGCGCUUGUGGCUUGGGGGGGCGGCACAUCGGCUCCCGCGGGCGUCCUCCUCGCCGCCGCCGCAGUGGACCAGCACGGCGGUCUGGGCUCUGGCGUGGAGCUUGCCGUGGACGCCACAGGCGAUGCCUUUCCGCUUCGCCGUGGCACCGCAGCGAGGCGACAGCUCAUGCGCAGGGGCGGCGGCACCGGUGCCGGCGCAGUCGAGCGCGCAGGCGGCGCGGGAUCCAGCCCAGGCCGCGCCAUCGGCAGCACGGCGGAGGAGCAGCCCGGUGGCGAAGUGUGCGAGAAUUAUGCUCGCGUCGCUAUGAACAUUUCCAGUGUGUCCUCAGGGGAAGGUUUCGCCUGCAGCAUCCACAGGCCCGACGGCGUUGCGUGUUGCUUCGGGAGGGCCCGUCGGAACUGGCGCUGGCUUGGCCCCUCGGGCCUGGGGCCCGUGUUGGCUGUCUCCGCGGGGAAGGGACACGUGUGCGCCAUCGCCCGAGCCGGCCAUUUGCUACACUGCUGGGGGCCCUGGCGGCGCUUCCUCGGCCAGACGAAUGUCCCCAAGGACCUGGGUCCUGUGGAGGCGGUCUCCGCAGGGGUAAAGCACACGUGUGCCAUCGCCCGAGCAAGCCGAGCGCUGCGCUGCUGGGGGCUGCGGCACCCGACUGUCCCAGCGGGCCUUGGGCCCGUCGAGGCCGUCGCCGCGGGGGACGGCGGCACCUGCGCGAUCGCCCAGGCGACGGGCUCGCUGCACUGCUGGGGGCACGUGGCGGCCGUCCCCGCGGGCCUCGGGCCCGUGGCGGCCGUCUCCGUGGGGGCGGCCCACACCUGUGCGAUCGUCAGGGCCGACCGAUCGCUGCGCUGCUGGCUGCUGCCGGGGACGGCGCUCACCGCUGGGCAGAAGGGGGCGGCGGCGGUGCCCGAGGCCCUGGGGCCCGUGGAGGCCGUGGUCGCGGGGUGUGACCACACCUGUGCGAUCACACGGGUCGGCCGGCGCUUGCGCUGCUGGGGGGGGCAGGCUGCUGAACACUUCAAGCCCCUGGGGCCCGUCGAGGCCGUCUCCGUGGGGUGUUUCCACACCUGUGUUGUCCUCACGUCUGGCAGGCUCCAGUGCGGGCCGAAUCAUGCGGUCACGAGCCCGCUUAUGGAGAUGGAGACCACUUACCUGCGUGAUCUGAAAGCGCAGGUGGAGAAGGAGAGGUCGGCGGCAGAGGAGGGGCAGAGGCGGGCGGAACAGUCAAGGCGGGUCGUGCAGCGAGAGAAGCGCGCUGAGGAAAAGGCGGAGGCAGAGGAGGGGCAGAGGCGGGCGGAACAGUCAAGGCGGGUCGUGCAGCGAGAGAAGCGCGCUGAGGAAAAGGCGGAGGCAGAGAAGGAGAUGGCCAUGGUAAUGACGGAGCAGAGCUGUUCCAAGAUGCUGACAAGGCAGGUGAUUACCGAGAUCUCGUGCAAAGGUGCAGCGGGAGGGACCUCGUACAGCGUGGACGUCCCCGACGGCUUCAUGCUCCGCGGUUCCCCCGUGCAGGCGUACCGCUGCACCAACCGAGGGGCGUGCCUCGCCGGGGGCAGCCUGCCCCGCCGCUGGGUCGGGAGCAAGGAGGGUACGGGCACCUGCCCGCUCGUCCCGAGCUUGCCUACGCCGCUCGCGCUGGCCAUGUGCGCCGAGGGCUACGACCCGCAGAGCCCGGGCUGCAGCCGCUGCCGCGAGGGCCACGGCCGCGCGAGCACGGACCCGUUCGUGUGCAAGGCCUGCGGCCCGCUGGCCCUGCAGCUGCUGGGCUUCGCGGUCGUCCCGCUGUCCCUCUUCCUGGUCUCCAUGCGCGGGGCUCUGGCCCGGUCCCAGAGCCCCAGUGGGGUCUUCAACGACCUGCUCAAGAUCUUCCUCUCCUUCGUCUCGGCGGCGACGGUGGUUAUGGGGGCCGUGCUGGCGAGCGACUCCUACCAGACGCUCCCCGCGCUGCCGCAGCAGUUCCUGAGCCUCGGGGGCGACUCCGUGGAGAGCUCGGCCACCUAUCCCAGAGCAUCGACUGCCUGGCGAAGUCGGCGGUCGACAUCGAGACGUCCCUCCUGCUGACUCUGGCACCGCCCUCGGCCAUCGCAGUGGCGUCCGCCAUGGCCAUACCGUUUCAGCGCGCCCUGCUGACUGACCGCUGGCGGGUCCAGUUCUACCUGGUGCUUGUCUGGCUGGUGCUGGGGAACCAGUUCCUGCCGCAGAUUGUCGGC